AUGGCGAGGUCGCUUGUAAACAACGAGCUCUUGUAUUUUAUUGAAAAUAAUUGGAAUUUGGUUGAAAAUGACUCAUUCAUUAAUAAUAUUGUUAAGUUCUACAGUCAUGAGGACAUUGUUAAUGCAAUAAAAGCGUUGAAAAUUGAAAUGAAUAAUUUAAAAAUUGACAAAAUUGAUAAACUAUCUUUGCACGGGAAUAUGAAAAUUGAUAAAAUGCUCGAAUGCAUUUCUGUUGUAAAAUUUUUGAAAGAUAACAAAUACUGGCACAAAUGUUUGGUUUUUGUAAGUUCCAACUUGAACAAAAUUCCCAGGGUUGAAAAUUUGCUGAAAUUCAGCUUUAAAGCCAUUAAACGUGAAUUAAUGGAAAUAUUACAUAAACAACAAACAGAUGUAACUACUAUGAACACUGUAAAUAGCACGCUAACCCACAGCGAGCAACAUCUACCUGGAAUUUUGUGGUCGGAAGUCGUGUCGUCACCCAUUGAAGAUGAACAGUUCACGCUGGUGAAGCGUCACAGCAAACAACCUCGUUUGAAUGUUUCGUUGGAGGGAGUGAACAACGGCGAACCUUCUUCCGUCAACGUCAUCGAAAACUACGCAGUCGUCAACUCAGUCAAAAAAACAACAACAAAAGUAAUCGGCAAAAAAGUCAUUGAUAAUUGCAAAUUAAUGGCCAGACAAAAAUUUAGUCAAAAAAUCUGA